GGAGGCAGUAACCCGACUUUAAGCUGCUUGAAGCUUCGCCUUUUAGAAUCAUCUCCAAUAUAUCCUCCAUACCAGCAGAUGUCACUCCCCCUGAGUAAAAAAAUGACAGAAACGGCAAUAAGGCUCCCCCUCCUGUACGCAGCCUGCCUCGAAGGGUGUGUUUGAAGGUUGCGUUUAAUAAUGCAGAGAGUGAUUUUCCGGUGAGACAGCGAGUGAGAGACUACCUAGAAAGGUGGCAAGGAAGGGAAGAGGGGCUGCCCAGCUCUCCGUCCUGCCCAAGAAAGAGGAGGGGGGAUAGUUCGCCGAGAGCCGAAGCAAUGGAAUAAAAGCCAAUUUUAAUCAUUUGUACUGUGUAAGGUCAGAGCGCGGGGUUUAGCACAGGCGUUUUGGGUAUAAUCUGCAGCUGCAUAGUGUUCGCAGAGUCCACAAACUUUUAUCAGUCGCUUUUAAUUUUUUUUCCCAGUUCGCUUCAUUGCUGCUUUAACUCCUCCCGAUAGCUCAGUUUAAGCUUACCCCCUGUCGCUGAUGUUUUAGACCCUUUUGCGGUUGACGAUGAGGAAGCCGAAGGGCGUCUUCUGCUUCGUACUGCAGGUCGCCUUCGUUUUCUCGCUUUACCGGUAAAGACGGGUUGCCGCAAUCGUACAUCUUUAGACCACGGUUAAUUUUUCUUGUUUUUUUUUUUUUUUUUUAGUUUUUCUGAUUACACACACACGAGUGAGAAAUUUCUUCCUGACAUUUUCUGUCUGUCAUUCUCUUCGUCUUUUAAAAACAUGUGGCUUGGUAAUCUCCCCCGAUCCUCCUCACGAAGGGGCACCUACCUUUUCCUGCUGGUAUUCCUGUUGGGCACGGUUUUACCCCUUGGCGUUGCCAGCUCUCCAGACAGUCACGGAACGGAUGCGCCUCAAGAUACAAAGCAUGAAGCUUCCAACGGACACGGGCAUCACGGCAAUGAGUCUCACACAGCAGUCAAGAAAGCCUUCCCAGUGCUCAACUUUGAAUAUGAAAGUGUCAGGCUGCCCUUCGAGAUCGCUCUAUGGAUCCUGCUGGCAUCCCUCAUGAAGCUGGGUUUUCAUUUGAUUCCACGCCUGUCCAGCUUUGUGCCUGAAAGCUGUCUGUUGAUUGUGGUUGGUUUGCUAGUGGGUGGCUUGAUCAAAAUUGUAGGAGAGAAAUCACCCGUUCUGCAUUCCCAGAUUUUCUUUCUUUAUCUUCUGCCACCAAUCAUCCUGGAUGCUGGUUAUUUCUUACCCAUCCGUCCCUUUUCAGAAAACAUUGGUACCAUUUUGGUUUUUGCUGUCAUUGGAACACUAUGGAAUUCUUUCUUUAUUGGUGGAUUGCUGUAUGGUGUUUGUCAAAUCGGUGGAAAGGACUUGGAGAAAAUUGGUCUGUUGCCAAACUUGCUGUUUGGGGCAAUUAUCUCUGCUGUUGACCCAGUUGCUGUUCUGGCAGUGUUUGAAGAGAUCCACAUCAAUGAGUUACUUCACAUUCUAGUGUUUGGGGAAUCCCUUCUCAAUGAUGCCGUCACUGUGGUGCUAUACCACUUAUUUGAAGAAUAUGCUGGCGUCGGCUCAGUAACGUUUUUGGAUGUUCCACUAGGAUUUAUCUGCUUCUUUGUUGUGGCCCUGGGAGGAGUUUUCGUUGGCCUGGCAUAUGGACUUCUAGCAGCAUUUACUUCCCGUUUCACCACCCAUACACGUGUUAUUGAACCUCUGUUUGCCUUUCUGUACAGCUACAUGGCUUACUUAUCUGCUGAGGUUUUCCACCUUUCUGGCAUCAUGGCGUUAAUCGCUUGUGGUGUGGUGAUGCGUCCCUAUAUAGAAGCCAAUAUUUCACAUAAAUCCCAUACCACCAUCAAAUAUUUCCUGAAGAUGUGGAGUAGUGUCAGUGAAACUCUCAUUUUUAUCUUCCUGGGGGUGUCAACAGUAGCUGGACCUCAUUCAUGGAACUGGACGUUUGUAAUCUGCACACUAGUCUUUUGUCUUGUUGCACGAGUUCUUGGUGUUGUUGGAUUGACAUAUAUCAUCAACAAGUUCCGUAUUGUGAAACUUACCACAAAGGACCAAUUUAUUAUUGCUUAUGGUGGCCUCAGAGGGGCAAUUGCUUUCUCCCUGGGCUACUUGCUCCCUCCCGAUCACUUUCCAAUGCGAGAUAUGUUUCUGACUGCUAUUAUCACAGUUAUUUUCUUUACUGUGUUUGUGCAGGGUAUGACAAUUCAGCCUUUGGUGGACCUUCUGGCUGUGAAGAAAAAGCAGGAAACCAAGCGUUCUAUCAAUGAAGAAAUACAUUCACAGUUUCUGGAUCACCUCUUGACUGGAAUAGAAGAUGUCUGUGGACAUUAUGGACAUCAUCAUUGGAAAGACAAACUCAAUCGCUUCAACAAGAAGUAUAUCAAGAAGUGUUUGAUUGCUGGAGACAGAUCUAAAGAGCCACAGCUGAUAGCUUUCUAUCACAAGAUGGAAAUGAAACAAGCUAUUGAGUUGGUAGAAACGGGGGGAAUUGCCAAGAUUCCAUCAGCUGUCUCCACUGUUUCAAUGCAAAAUAUCCAGCCCAAGCAGAAAGUAACUGAACGGGCUCUCCCACAGCUUUCAAAGGGGAAGGAAGAAGAAAUACGAAAGAUUCUUCGCACAAAUCUUCAAAAAACCAGACAGAGGCUACGGUCCUAUAACAGGCACACUCUUGUAGCAGACCCUUACGAAGAUGCUUGGAACCAGAUGCUGAUAAGAAGGCAAAAAGUCAAACAGAUGGAGAAAAGGAUGAAUAAUUAUCUGACAGUUCCAGCAAAUCAUCCUGAUUCUCCAACAAUGUCAAGAGCAAGACUUUCCUCUGAUCCAAAUGCUUACAUUCCAAAGCCAAAAGCAGGGAUCCCAGCAAUCACUGUGGACCCUGCCUCUCCGCAGUCCCCUGAAUCGCUGAAUCUGGUGGAUGAGUUAUCAAAGCGUACAGAGGAGGAGGAGGAAGAAGGCAUUGUGAUGAAAAUGCACACUCCAAGCACAGAUGAAGUCUUCACCUCAAACAAUGCAGAGAAAGAGCAACGUUUAAUGAGAUGCCUAAGUGACCCUGGUCCUCAUCCUGAAGGUGAAGAGGAGGAGCCUUUUCUACCAUGAGUGGAAACAUUCACCAGUUCACAUAAUCAGCAGUCAUUCCCUUUUUUAAAGCCAAGAUUAAAACAAAUAUAAUUGUAAAAAAAUAAAUAAAAAGCCAUUUCCUUUUUGUAACAAGUUCUUUAUCCGUUAUUAAUUGUGCACAUUUUAAGCUGGCCUUAUUUUACUUGAUUGAUUGAUUGUUAUUGGGUAAUGGAAGUUCAUUUUGGUAUGGAGUUAGCAUAGAUGUGGCCCCAAGACCACCUUGAUUGUUGUUUGUUUCUCUCCCCAAGCAAUUAAACUGGCCUGUUAAGCAAUAUGAAGUUAGAGUGAUGCAGGUAAGGCAUCAUUGCAACUUCUAGAAUUCAUUUCAUAGCUUGUGGUUUUGGGAAUGCAAAAUAUUUUACAAUUGUAAUAGAGUUUAUUGCUGCAAAAUGACAAAAACAGCACUAAUCUUUUUUGAUGCCUAAAUUAUUUUGGAAUGGUAGGCUUUUCUAAAUACCGGGUACAUUAUAUAAACUGUAUAAAAUGUAUAUGUAAAAUCUCUUUGGAUUAGUGCGAAAGCCAGGUUUUCUCCUCUGUCUGCUGUGCUGCUGUUCUGUAAGAAUGCAAAACAUUUUUGUGUAGUUGGUGUCCGUUAUGCUGUUCCCAUUGUACAAAUCCAGUUUGUCGUCCUUCAAAACCCAGCUGUGGAUUUUUGACUUGUACAGCAUUAUUUAUUGGUGUUGUGUUUUGUUUCCUUUAUCUCUCCUGUCUGCAGGCAUUUUGCUGAAGUCAACAUCAGCAAUCACGACAGUAUCUUCUGCUUGUGCUGUCUUUUUCGUAUAAUUUAAUUAUUUUUUUUAAUAUGUGUAUGUGGUGUUUGUGUACAUUUUUUCGAGUAUCCCAUCAGACAAGACAUAAAAUAUUUUGUGGCUGUAUUCAUAAAUUGUCUGUGUUUGCGUACGCUUGUGCACUAAAAUGUGCUGAUUACUUUUUGUACACAAUGUGCAGUAUGGUAUCCAGACUUAAGACUGACUGACUGUCAGAAACAUAUGAGCAUCUGAACAGUCUUUAUGUAGUCGUCUGCAUGUUAACGCUCCUCCCUGUCUCUGUUUUUUUUAUUUGUUUUAAAGGGAGCAAUGAGUAUAUACUGAGUUUGGAAUCAGCCAAGUUGAUGUAAAUGCUUAGUGUGGUAUUUACUAAGAGCUACACCUAUUCUUCGUUCUCUUUUUGUAUACUGGUUUCACUCCUGGAGCACCAGUAGAAGGCGAAUAAAACCUUCAGGCUUUAUGUUCUUUGUUUUGUGUAACAACAAAAAAUGCUUUAUAUUUGGCUCUCAGAAGAUUUUUGCAGCAUUUUGCCUUAAGGAAUUAAUGAACCAAAAUGAGUUUUCCUUUUUGAGUGGCUUGUACAGUAUGUAUUUAAAACAUUUUAUAAAUGAAAAACCAAAAAAAAACCUUUAAUUUUUAAAAUCAUUCUCUUUAGAACAUAUUUUAAAUCACUGAUGGUGGGCUUUUUCCAAUUAGUUUAGGUGCUUUUUCAAUUUUCCCUACUAUAUUUGCAUAUUUUCUUUCAUUCUAUUACAGAAAACUGAAUAUAUCUUCAUACCUCAGUUAGCAAAGUCCUCUUAAACUCUGUGCCCAGUCUAUUUGACUGCUAAUAUCCCCCCAUAACACCUGCAGGUCUAGAAGUCAAAGUGGCUCACACUCACUUUCUUUUAUCAAAAUUGACACUAUGCAACAUGUUGUUUUUAUCAACAUGAAAAGUGCUAAAGACUUUCUUAGAAAUUAAAUUAUGCUAUAUAAUUGUAAAGUAAAUGUUGGAGAAAUUGUUUUAUUUUAAGCUUUAUGUCAGUACAAUUUUCUGAUGCACUGUGAUUUAAAAAAAAAAAUGUUUCUGCAUUGCCUCUAAUAGAAUUCAUUUCCCUCAUUUAAUCUGUAAUGUUUCAUGCAGAAUCAUGCGGAAUGUGCACAUCUGUACUCCAAUACACCCCUUGAACCUGAAAGUGGAGGUUGUGAACCCAACAAUGCAUACAGAUCUCGUUCAGUUCUGUGGUUGCACAGAAUCUUGAAUUGACCAGAAACAGUGACUAACAAAAUUUUAACCUGAACAGAAAAGUUCAUAAAGUAUCAACGCUGGUGUCUGUCCUUUUUAAACACUUACAAGAAAACGUUGCUUAUGUGCAAUAUAGAGUUGCAGAAUUUGUAUACUUGAUUUACAGCACUCCUUGUGCAUUGUUGCUGCUUUUACUCAAUUUUUGUGUUCUUUUUUUAGGGGAAAAUGUACAAUUUGCUUAGUGAAACAGCAAGAUGGCUGGCCUUCAGGUAGCUGUCUUUGUCGUUUUUCCUUCCUCAGUUUUGUGCCAAAGUUUUGCUAAACCAGUUGUACUCUGAAUGAGCUCUGUCUUGAGAGAUUGUGUGUGUGUCAAGCGGCCUUUUGUGGAGAUUCUCUUUAAACUAUGGAGUUCUUUCUCACUUAUCCUCUGAGUGUCUAGUUCAGCAGCAUACUGUAGUUUUACAUUUGCAAAGGUCUGAAAUAUUAAUCUCCUACACAAACGAAUUGAGAAAUGAAAAUCUACACUCAUUGUUACCAUAAUCCUUUGUGCAUCACCAGUCACAUUGCAUUCUAUCGAUUCAGAGUCACUACAUGUGGGAGCUCUAAUGUUUAUAUGACCCUAUAGGAAGAAUUUCUGAGAGGCUGAGCUUACCCCAGGUUAGCGUGCUGCUCAAAUAACAAAUCAGACUUCUCUUCAUCUAUAUUGAGAAAUUAUAACAUCUUGUAUUUUAAAGGACUUUAUUUGGGGACCCAAGACAGUCUUUUAAAUGUUAAGCACUCAGUUUGAGUUUGAAGUAUAGCUGUUUGUAACAAGAGCCAAUAUGGUUAGUGUGGAGUUCUGCUCUGGCAACACUGGAUGGGUCUUUUCUUUUUACCACCAAGCUAGCUUAAAGAAGGCUUCAUCAAGUGCCAGGCCCCUAACACAAGAUCUUCCAGUCACAUGAGCAGUUGGCAGCUGACGAGCAAGCACACCCAAGGAAGAGUGGGGCAGUCACAUGCUCCUGAGCUGCUAUUAGUGCCACCAUGUGUCUGGAGGAUCUCCUGUCCGGAGCAGUUGGUUUUGCAAGCCCAUUCUUGAAUAAAUGAGGUUAUUUGUUUGUGUUUUUUUCUCUUUUUCUCCUGAGUCAUUCAUUACAUUUUUUAGAGGAAUGUGAUUACUUAUAAGCUACGAGCACCUCUCUGGUGUUGAGCAUCGUUCAGGGGUUAACUUAAUGGGCUCAAACCUGUGCUGUUUACUUUUCAGCAAGAGGCAUCCUAAUUAUUCAAGUGUAAGCCAAAGCAGAAAGAUUUACUUUACUAAGGUGGAGUGUUCUCCUGUAUGUCUGGUGGGCGCUUUAGUGGAUCCACCCAUGAUAAAUUGAACUUGUUAUUGGCCGAGCUGCAUGUGCCUCAGGUUCAUUGACGUUUUACAUGUAAAUGUAUCUUCCCAGCUGGCGGUGUUUUUUUUGUUUUUUUUCACUAGCAGUUUUUCACCUCAUUCCUUUAUGUGCCCUAUAUAAUAUAUAAAGAAAUGUUGCAAUAAUUUUAUAAUCAAUAUAUAUAUGUAUGAAGUACUGUAUAUGUCACUGACUAGUUCAUAGACUACAUGGGUCUGACCACUGUUGUAAAUGCAAAAUCUAAUCUGCUGUAUCAGAAUAUAUAAUAAAUACAAAAUUUAAAUUUUUAUUAAAA